AAGCGCAGGUUUGUUUUCCAUGGGUGUAAAGUAUGUUUAAGUGCAUUAACAGAACAGCCCAGUGUUCCAGAUACCUCCAGUCAGCAGGCACCGGUUUCUGUCGCAAUCAAGGUUUUAGGCUGGUGUCAUCCUUACCACUCAGAAUGACCGACCCGGCUGUGCAGAGGGUGGUUCGAGACAUAGUUCGCUCUCCAGAGGACAAACGGGUUUACAGGGCCCUGGAGUUUACCAAUGGCCUGAAGGCCAUGCUCAUCAGUGACCCAACCACAGAUAAAUCCUCAGCUGCUUUGGAUGUUCACAUAGGUUCAUUAUCGGACCCAGGGAAUAUCUCGGGCAUUGCACACUUCUGUGAGCACAUGCUGUUCUUGGGAACAGAGAAGUAUCCCAAGGAGAAUGAGUACAGCCAGUUCCUCAGCGAGCAUGCAGGCAGCUCCAAUGCCUUUACCAGUGGAGAGCAUACCAACUAUUACUUUGAUGUGUCCCAUGAGCACCUGGAAGGCGCACUAGAUAGGUUUGCCCAGUUCUUCCUCUGUCCACUGUUUGAUGAGAGCUGUAAGGACAGAGAGGUGAAUGCUGUGGACUCCGAGCAUGAGAAGAACCUAAUGAAUGAUGCCUGGAGGCUGUUUCAGCUGGAGAAGGCCACUGGCAACCCUAACCACCCCUUCAGUAAAUUUGGAACAGGUAACAAGUUGACCCUUGAGACCAGACCAUGUAAAGAAGGGAUCGACAUCCGUCAGGAGCUCCUCCAGUUUCACUCCACGUAUUACUCCUCUAACCUCAUGGGAUUGUGUGUGUUGGGGAGAGAAUCAUUAGAUGAUUUGACCUCCAUGGUGGUGAAGCUGUUUGCAGAAGUGGAAAACAAGAACGUGCCUGUGCCAGAAUUCCCCGAGCAUCCAUUCCAGGAAGAACACCUCAGACAAUUCUACAAUGUGGUGCCUAUCAAAGACAUCCGGAACCUUUAUGUGACGUUCCCAAUCCCGGACCUACAGAAGUACUACAAGUCUAACCCUGGACAUUAUCUUGGACAUCUGAUUGGCCAUGAAGGACCUGGAAGUUUGUUGUCUGAGCUAAAAUCUAAAGGCUGGGUGAACACGCUUGUCGGAGGGCAAAAAGAAGGAGCCAGAGGAUUCAUGUUCUUUAUCAUCAAUGUGGACUUGACUGAAGAGGGCCUUUUGCACGUUGAGGACAUCAUCUUCCACAUGUUCCAAUACGUCCAGAAGCUGCGUACGGAGGGGCCUCAGGAGUGGGUGUUUGACGAGUGCAAGGAUUUAAACAAAGUGGCCUUCAGGUUCAAGGACAAGGAGCGACCCCGAGGUUACACUUCCAAAGUGGCUGGCUUACUACAUUACUACCCCCUUGAAGAGGUUCUAGCAGCAGAGUACCUUUUGGAGGAUUUCAGACCAGAUCUGAUCCAGAUGGUGCUGGAUAAGCUGAGACCAGAACAUGUCAGGGUUGCAGUGGUAUCAAAGUCUUUUGAAGGGCUAACAGACAAGACAGAAGAAUGGUAUGGCACACAGUACAAACAGGAGGCCAUCACUGAAGAGACCAUCAAGAAAUGGGAAAAUGCAGACCUCAACGGCAAGUUCAAAUUACCGAUGAAAAACGAGUUCAUCCCAACAAACUUCGAGAUCUACCCUCUUGAGAAAGACUCUCCAUCAGUACCCACUUUAAUCAAGGACACUGCCAUGAGCAAGGUGUGGUUCAAACAGGAUGACAAAUUCUUCCUGCCCAAGGCUUGUCUGAACUUUGAGUUCUUCAGCCCGUUUGCAUAUGUGGACCCAUUGCAUUGUAACAUGGCAUAUUUAUACCUGGAGCUCCUCAAGGACUCCCUCAACGAGUAUGCAUAUGCAGCCGAGCUAGCUGGUUUGAACUAUGACCUCCAAAAUACCGUCUAUGGGAUGUAUCUGUCUGUUAAAGGUUACAAUGACAAACAGCACAUCCUGCUGAAGAAGAUCAUUGAGAAAAUGGCCAACUUCGAGAUAGACGAGAGGCGCUUUGACAUCAUCAAAGAAGCGUACAUGAGGUCUUUGAAUAACUUCAGAGCCGAGCAGCCUCACCAGCACGCCAUGUACUACCUCCGCCUACUUAUGACUGAGGUUGCGUGGACCAAAGAUGAGCUCAGAGAGGCCCUGGAUGAUGUAACGCUCCCACGCCUCAAGGCUUUCAUACCCCAGCUAUUGUCACGGUUACACAUUGAAACCCUUCUCCAUGGAAACAUCACCAAGGAGUCUGCUCUUGGCAUGAUGCAAAUGUUGGAGGACAAGCUCAUUGAGCACGCUCACACGAAGCCCCUCCUCCCGAGCCAACUGAUUCGCUACAGAGAGUUGCAGGUUCCAGACGGUGGCUGGUACGUUUAUCAGCAGAGGAACGAGGUGCACAACAACUGUGGCAUUGAGAUCUACUACCAGACAGACAUGCAGUCGACCCGCGACAACAUGCAGCUGGAGCUGUUCUGUCAGAUCAUCUCCGAGCCCUGCUUCAACACACUGAGAACCAAAGAACAGCUGGGAUACAUUGUGUUCAGUGGGCCCCGGCGGGCAAACGGCGUCCAAGGGCUGCGCUUCAUCAUCCAGUCGGAGAAAGCGCCCCACUACCUGGAGAGCCGCGUGGAGGCUUUCCUCUGCACCAUGGAGAAGGCCGUGGAGGAGAUGAACGAUGAAGCCUUCCAGAAGCACAUCCAGGCCCUGGCCAUCCGCCGCCUGGACAAGCCCAAGAAGCUGUCCGCCGAGUGCGCCAAGUACUGGGGCGAGAUCAUCUCUCAGCAGUAUAACUUCGACAGAGAUAACAUUGAAGUGGCGUAUCUGAAGACUUUGACAAAAGAAAACAUCAUGGAGUUCUACAGAGAACGACUGACUGUCGAAGCCCCGAAGAGACACAAGGUGUCUGUGCACGUCCUGUCCCGAGAGAUGGACUCCUGUCCCGUAGUGGGAGAGUUCCCGGCUCAGAAUGAUGUCAACCUCUCUCCUGCUCCUUCUCUGCCACAGCCCACGCUGGUGGAGAACAUGACGGAGUUCAAGAGGAGUCUCCCUCUGUUCCCGCUCGUCAAGCCUCACAUCAACUUCAUGGCUGCCAAGCUGUGAGCCGCGGCCCGCAGGAGGACACGCAGACGGGCCGGCAGCGGGGGGGGAGGGCGCCCGUUCUGUUCAUCACACCCCCGCUCCUUCCCAUCAGGAAGACUUUAAUCUGACUGAGCCUGCAUGUGUGUGUGUGUGUGUGUGUGUGUGUGUGUGUGUGUGUGUUUGGCUGGGUGCAUGUGAGUGCGUGUGGGUGGACGUGUGUGGCAGUGGCAGGCCGGAACCAAUACAAGAAAAAACCCAACGCGUGUAUUUGAAUCACAAAUAGCCGAGGUCGUGGUCGUAGCUGCGAUUUUUAGAAUUCACGCCAGACUCACCACACGUUCAACACUCACGCGCAUCACGACACUGUGUAGGUUGUCGUAGAGGAAAUAGAAACAAGCUAAAAAAAUAAAAAAGACGAGGGGGCCAGAUCCCUUUUUUAAAGAAUGUGUACUGCAGAAGCUUCACACUAGGAGGUGUUUUUAUUUGAAUAAUAAUUUGAGACGCGCUGCUUUGAGAAGGGAGAGCGGGGGGGUAUUGUGAUUAUGUGCAGGUGGACGACAGCAGCUCCAUGAAGGUCUUUUUCUCUUUUUAUGUUUGCCAUGUAACCCCCGGACGCUCCGAGUCGCUCCUGAAAACGUUUUCACUCGGUUGAACGGAACAUUUUGUUCAACCUGGAAGAAUGUUUGCCUUAUAAUUCUACUUUUUAAUCCUCAUAAUAUUUGACAUUUCUUUGUUAGGAAAACCGGUGAAAUGUCGGGCACCUUUGAGGAGCUGUUUUUAAUUUCACAGAGAAUCAUACCUGUAAAAAAUUGUUUUUAUUUUGUAUUGCAAUUUUCCAGUAGUGUGUAAUCCAGACAUCUCAGGGUUCCUCCAUGCUGUUCGUUUUUUUUUUUUCUUUUCUCAUUGAAUUUUAUUAGUGAAGAAUUAAAAUAUAAAACACUUUUAUCAGUCUGUCCUCUACGUUCGUGCUUUUGUUCACUUCACUCAAAGCUGCUUUCAGACGUGCACUGAACCCUGAGCUGGUUCUCCGUAAGAACCGAUUCGAGAACGCAGCAGGUGAUCCUCCACAGGCUCCACGAGCGAGAGGGGGGUUCAUGACAUUUGUAACAAGCGGCAGACGCAAAACUGAAGGAAAACAAAUAACUCAAGAUGAAAAGUGAUGCCACAGAUGAAGGGCGGAGACCGGUGGCUGUGCUGAAAAACAAAAACACAUAUCUGCCUGCUUGACCCCCCCCCCCUCAGCUCAACACUGGAGAUUUGUCUUGUCGACAUUCUCCUCCAGCUUAUGUCUGAAAACAGCAUAAAUGUGAUUAGUUAUAUUAUGUAAAGUUAAAAGCUGCUGCAGAAAUGAAGUGCACUAUUAUUAUUUUGUUCAUUUUCUCCUCCAUUCUGUUUUGCCCUGGGAGAAAAAUGACUCUCACACUGUCUGCAGGUGAGACUUCCAGGGGGGCGUCACUCACUGAGCUGCUCCUGGUCUGAUCCAGAGCAGGAUCCUCAUCCCACACCCACCCACCCAAAAAUGCUGGACUGUGUCCUGCCUCUUAACAUAGAUUAAUAAUGAUAAAGAAAGGCAGAAGCAGCUCGCCUUCUUCUCUGAAAAGAAAUGCGUUGAUGUCACAGGGAGUUGAAGAAAAGCUCUGGUCUGAAUAUAUGCACUUCUCUCUCAAAGCAAUAAACCUUGAUGAUGGACAGAGUGAGACGCUCUCAGGUGCUAACCAGCUCUGCCGACUAACGGCCCCAAAAGAAACCUGUCCCCUCCCUCCCUGGUCUGGUCCACGGCUCGCACACAGAGACCGAGGUUCAUGAGGGUGGAACGUUCAUCCUUCAUGUUUUAUGCUGUUAAGCUUCUUCAAUGUUUCCAGCAUUUUACUCCAUCACAUCAGAACAUUUAAAUUUCCUUUACUGACGAGAUUCCCCCUCAUCACAAACUGCUGCUGUGUUUAAAAGGCACUAUUUUCUUGUCCGACCAGCAGCAGGUGGUGCACCCCCCCCCCCUCAGGCUGCAGCUGGGCGGAGUGGUUUCCAUGCCGACACUAGCACCAUUAACAUAUCAGGCUUGGACGGGCCGUGCACUGUUUACCUUGUGAAGAACCUAGUGACUGGUUUACUUUUAAUUCAUCUGAAGGUUACUUUUUUUAACAAUUUCUCUGGCGACACUGGACUGUGAUUGGCUGAUUGGGUUCAUGGGCCGAUGAGGAUGUUUUGAGUUUUGUUUCAUUGUCUCCUUGUGUGUGUUUCUAAUUAAUAAACAAUUAAACGCAA